AUGUCUUCCGACUCAUCAUCAUCUCAGCCUAUAGACACUCCCGCAUUCGAGAACAAGCCGACUGUCCAGUACGCUGCGACCGUAGGCCUGCAGGCGGGCUUGGUCGGCGCCUUUGUCAGUGCUGUCCAGAACGCGCUCGGCACGCACUCCAAGGGUGCAAGCGGAUUCUUGUCGAGGAGCGGCGGGACCAUCGGCUUCUUUGCUGCCAUGGGCUCGACGUUCGCUUUGACUGAGUCUAUCGUAGCCAACCAGCGUCAGAAAGACGAUGCGCUCAAUGGGGUCGCUGGUGGAUGUGCGGCUGGAUUCCUGGCUGGUAUAAAAUCACGUUCACUGCCCGUAGCAGUUGCAUCAUGUGCACUCAUUGGCGUAGCGGUUGGGACGUUUGACUACUCAGGGCAGUCACUCCGGGGCGAUACUGCAUCGAUGUCUGUGGAAGAGAAGCGUCGGCGAUUCUUCAAGCAACCUCAAACGACUCCUGCUAUUGCUGAAGAUUAG